CGCCUGCCCAGUCUGCUCUCGGGGAAGGGAUCGGCGCUGCCACGCGGGGAGCGCGCUCUCCGGCCCGGCUGCGGCAUGCGCGCGCUGCUCGGCCUGCUCCUGGUAUUCGGCUGCUGCACCUUCGCGCUGUACCUUCUGUCCACGCAGCUGCCCGCGGGGCCGAGGCUGGCGUCGGCCGAGGAGCCCCAAGGCCGGUCGCUGUGGUUCCCCUCAGAUCUAGCCGAGCUGCGGGAGCUCUCCGAGGUCCUUAGAGAGUACCGGAAGGAGCACCAGGCCUAUGUGUUCCUGCUCUUCUGCAGUGCCUACCUCUACAAACAGGGCUUUGCCAUCCCUGGCUCCAGUUUCCUGAAUGUUUUGGCUGGUGCCUUGUUUGGGCCAUGGCUGGGACUUUUGCUGUGCUGUGUGCUGACGUCGGUGGGUGCCACAUGCUGCUACCUGCUUUCCAGUAUUUUUGGCAAACAGCUGGUCAUCUCCUACUUUCCUGAUAAAGUUGCCCUGCUGCAGAGGAAGGUGGAGGAGAAUAGAAACAGCCUGUUCUUUUUCCUGCUGUUCCUCAGACUCUUCCCCAUGACACCGAACUGGUUCUUGAACCUGUCGGCCCCGAUCCUGAACAUCCCCAUUGUGCAGUUUUUCUUCUCCGUGCUCAUCGGUUUGAUUCCAUACAACUUCAUCUGCGUGCAGACAGGCUCCAUCCUGUCCACCCUCACUUCUCUGGAUGCUCUCUUCUCCUGGGAAACUGUCCUGAAGCUGUUGGCCAUUGCCCUGGUUGCUUUGGUUCCUGGAACCCUCAUCAAGAAAUUCAGCGGAAAGCACCUGGCCCCGAGUGACCCAAGGAGCACGCGUCACCUUGGUGGCAGGAAGGAUGCGUGACACAUGUGCCAUGUUUACCACAGCCCUGGACUCUACUGCUGGUCUGUGUGAUGGGCACGGGCCUUUAUUGUCCUCACUGUGUUUUAAUCACCCUCAGAAAGGUGAUCUGAUCGGCGUUCUAGUGUGUGCAGAGGCCUAUCAGAAGGGUUCUCUGCUUGAGGGUCCAGUCCCGUUUAGCAGGGCUCUGUGAAAUGGACUGCUUUCUAGAAAAUCUUGUUUUGGGUCUAUCCAAUAAUAGGGACUCCGUCUGUUGGGCUUGCCUCUUGCCAGUCCCUGAGAUGUCUUGGGAGAAGAUGCUGGUGGCCUUUUGGACAGGCUGUGUAACAGGUACUCCUGUUAAGUCCCCGUGCAUAUUAGUAUCAGACAGAACUCUAGCCCGUUAGUCUCCUGAAGAGUGUCUUCUCUACUUUUUUGCUGCUGAUCUACCUCUCCAUAAGCCAAGGGACCCAUGAGGAACUGCCUCAGACUUACACACACAGCUUGAGUGCAAUGAUUCCUGUAAUAUCUCUGUUCACACACUGGUAUUUCUGUGUCUCCGCUCCUUCUGGUUGUAUGUCUUGAGAGUUAAGCCGAUUCAAACAUGAUUAAAUAUGAAUGGAGCCA